AUGGAGCCAACAGUAAGCCCCGAGCAACUCGAGCCGCACCCAGUGCGGGUGCGAACUCCCACACCACCACCAGUGCAAUACACAGCGCCUGAGCUUCAAGCCGAUGUCCCCUCCGCGCACAUUGCCGCCGUAAUGCGCGCUUUCACUCCCUCCCCGCCACCCACCAUCACCCUCUUGGCGCCCAGUUUGCCGGAUAACCGCCCAACCUCCAGCCGUUCCGCCAUCGUCCCACAAACACAGGACACAUACUCCAACUGGUCUCAAAACCGCCCACUCCUACGCAUCGACAGCGAAACGAGCAGCGUGCUCAGCCUGCCUUUGCAGGGUGUGACGCGGAGUGCGACGCCUGAGUUUGCGGACACGACGAUCAGCGAGGGCGCUACGCCGCCGAGAAAAGCACCUAGCAAGAUCGAGCUCGCGAGGAUGAAGUUCGAGGGCCGCGGAGCGAUUGGACUGCUAGUGCCGAGCGAGGAGGAAAAGAAGGCGCGGAAGAGGAGUUGGAGCAUCAAGGCGCGGUUGAGUGCGAGACACGGGAUUAAGGAGAUCAUCUAG